GAAAUUGGCCACAACUCUCAUUUAUUUUUAUCUUUCUCUUAAAGGGCAACACUUUAAGGAAAAUCCUCCUGUAUCGAUACUUUAAAGGGGAAUACGGAAGUGGUGUGAAUGGGCCCCUGUCUGCCAGCUACAACAAAACUGCACAAGUUGGAGGUGGAUUUUCAGGACAAGAUGCAGAUAAGUCUGGGGUGACCGUGUUUGAUAUCCAGUGCCUCCUGGACAAAGAAGGUGCCUCAGAACUGGUCAUAGAUGUGAUAGUGAACACCAGAAAUGACAGGAUUUUCUCCGAGGGCAUUCUGCUUGGUAUUGCACUGCUUGAAGGUGGAAAUACGCAAACACAGUAUUCGACUUACCAGCAACUAAAGGAGCAGAAAAAGUCAGAAAGGUUCUUUAAAGUGCUGUAUGAUCGCAUGAAAGCUGCUCAGCAGGAGAUCCGAUCCACAGUGACAGUGAACACUAUUGAUUUGGGGAGCAAAAAGAAGGAGGAUGACAGCGACCUCACCAUAUCUGUUCCCAAAAAGAGAGUUAAGGAUUCAACUCUGCAUCUGAAAGAGGGAAUGAAAGGACAGUUAACAGAGGCAUCUUCUGCAACCUCCAAGGCUUACUCUGUGUACAGAAGAGAAAUGGACCCAGAAAUAGAUCUGAUGGGCUCAGGAGCAGAUGCUGCAAAUGCAGAAGAGAAGUCUGCAGAAGAAGCCAUCAUGAGCCCUGCCAUUGCAAUCAUGCAGCCAAUACUAAGAUUUCUUCAGCUGCUGUGUGAGAACCACAACCGAGAGCUCCAGAACUUCUUAAGACAUCAAAACAAUAAAACAAAUUACAACCUUGUUUGUGAGACCCUUCAGUUUUUGGACUGCAUCUGUGGGAGCACCACAGGUGGGCUGGGCUUACUGGGGCUUUACAUCAAUGAGAGGAAUGUGGCUCUUGUCAACCAGACGCUGGAAAGCUUGACAGAAUAUUGCCAGGGCCCGUGCCAUGAAAACCAGACAUGCAUAGCCACCCAUGAGUCUAAUGGGAUUGAUAUUAUAAUUGCUCUCAUCUUGAACGACAUAAACCCUCUUGGCAAAUACUGCAUGGACUUGGUGCUUCAGCUCAAGAACAAUGCCUCCAAGCUUUUGCUGGCUAUUAUGGAAAGCAGACAAGACAGUGAGAAUGCGGAAAGAAUCCUUUUCAACAUGAGACCAAGAGAACUGGUGGAUGUAAUGAAGAAUGCCUACAACCAAGGUCUGGAUUGUGACCACGAGGAAGAGAAUGGAGAUAAUAGCAUCUCCCCAAAAGAUGUUGGCCAUAAUAUCUAUAUUUUGGCACAUCAGUUGGCUUGUCACAAUAAAACAUUGCAACAGAUGCUGAAGCCAGGGUCAGAUCCAGAUGAAGGAGAUGAAGCCUUGAGGUUUUAUGCCAAACAUACGGCACAGAUAGAGAUUGUUCGCCAUGAUAGAACAAUGGAAAAGAUUGUCUUUCCUGUCCCCAAUAUUUGUGAAUUCCUCACUCGGGAAUCCAAAAGUCGGGUGUUCAAUACAACAGAGAGAGAUGAACAGGGGAGCAAAGUCAUUGACUUUUUCCAGCAGGCUGAGGAUCUGUACAACGAGAUGAAAUGGCAAAAGAAAAUUAGAAAUAAUCCAGCCCUGUUUUGGUUCUCCAGACACAUCUCUCUCUGGGGGAGCAUUUCCUUCAACCUUGCUGUACUCAUCAAUUUAGCAGUUGCUCUGUUCUACCCUUUUGGAGAUGAUGGAGAUGAAGGCACGCUCUCACCGUUGUUUUCCGUGCUUCUCUGGAUAGCAGUGGCGUUUUGCACAGCAAUGCUGUUUUUCAUCUCCAAGCCUGUUGGCAUUCGACCCUUUUUGGUGUCUGUUAUUCUCAGGUCUAUAUAUACUAUAGGGCUUGGUCCUACCUUGAUACUCCUUGGUGCGGCUAAUCUCUGUAACAAAAUUGUGUUCCUGGUGAGCUUUGUUGGCAACCGUGGGACCUUCACCCGUGGCUACAGAGCAGUCAUCAUGGACAUGGCUUUUCUCUACCACGUGGCUUAUGUCCUGGUCUGUAUGCUGGGCCUCUGCGUGCACGAGUUCUUCUACAGCUUCCUGCUGUUUGAUCUGGUGUACAGGGAGGAGACAUUGCUAAAUGUGAUAAAAAGUGUUACCCGGAAUGGCCGUUCAAUUAUCCUCACUGCAGUGCUUGCUCUCAUCCUGGUUUAUCUCUUCUCCAUCAUUGGCUUCCUCUUCCUGAAAGAUGACUUUAUCAUGGAGGUUGACAGGUUGAAAAUCAGGACCUCUGCUGCAGGUAUUGGUGAAGUUCCCACUACAACGCUGACAUCAAUGAUGGGAGCCUGUGCAAAGGAGAACUGUUCCACGAGCAUCCCAGCUCUUAACCCAGGUGAAGAAAAAGAGGAUGGAAUAGAAAGGACCUGUGACACCCUGCUCAUGUGCAUUGUGACCGUGUUAAACCAAGGCCUGCGGAAUGGUGGUGGUGUGGGAGAUGUGCUCAGAAAGCCUUCCAAAGAUGAGCCCUUGUUUGGUGCACGAGUUGUUUAUGAUCUUCUGUUUUACUUCAUUGUCAUAAUUAUUGUUCUCAACCUAAUCUUUGGAGUCAUCAUUGAUACAUUUGCUGAUCUCAGGAGUGAAAAGCAGAAAAAGGAGGAGAUACUAAAGACCACCUGUUUCAUCUGUGGACUGGAGAGAGACAAAUUUGAUAACAAGACAGUUUCAUUUGAGGAGCAUAUAAAGGCAGAACACAACAUGUGGCAUUAUUUGUACUUUAUAGUUCUUGUCAAAGUUAAAGAUCCAACUGAAUACACUGGCCCGGAGAGCUACGUGGCACAAAUGAUUGUGGAGAAGAAUUUGGACUGGUUCCCUCGGAUGAGAGCCAUGUCUCUGGUUAGCAAUGAAGGCGACAGUGAGCAAAAUGAAAUCAGGAACCUGCAGGAGAGGCUGGAGUCAACCAUGAGCCUUGUGAAACAGCUUUCCAGUCAGCUGGCUGAGCUCAAGGAACAGAUGACAGAACAAAGGAAGAAUAAGCAGAGGCUGGGCUUUCUUGGAUCAAACACACCCCAUGUGAAUCAUCACAUGCCACCACCCUGAUACCACGGGGAGAAGCCGUGACUAGCCUUUCAUCAGUAUUCCCGCUUUAUUAUAGAAUAAAAAACUGAGAUUGA